AUGACGUGUCGGUUGGCUUCGAAGUUUGGAAUAAAUUUGCGACAGACGGUUUUGGAGUUCGCCACAACAAUAACCUGCCCUAAGACACAGCAGACACUUGUGCAUACAGCCCUUACCCCUAACUAUGUUUUGAAGAGUUUGAUUGCUUUGUGGUGUGAAAGCAACGGUAUUGAGCUACCAAAGAAGCAAGGGAACUGUAGAACAAAGAAAUGUGGUGGCAGCAGUCUUUCAGAUUGUGAUCGAACUGCUAUUGGUGCUUUAUUGGAUAAACUAACGAGUAACGAUAUAGAACAGCAAAGGGCAGCUGUUGGUAAGAAGGAUGCUGCUACUGCUCUAAUAAAGUUACUUUGUGAAGGUACUCCUACAGGUAAGAAGGAUGUUGCUACUGCUAUCUUCAACCUAUCUAUUUAUCAGGGAAAUAAAGCAAGAGCUGUAAAAGCUGGUAUAGUAGCCCCACUGAUACAAUUUCUGAAGGAUGCUGGGGGUGGAAUGGUAGAUGAAGCACUAGCUAUUAUGGCAAUCCUUGCAAGCCACCAUGAAGGCAGGGUAGCGAUCGGUCAGGCCAAGCCAAUUCAUAUUCUUGUUGAGGUUAUACGAACCGGCUCUCCAUGCAAUCGAGAGAAUGCUGCUGCUGUCUUGUGGUCACUAUGCACCGGAGAUCCACUGCAAUUAAAACUAGCGAAAGAACAUGGUGCAGAAGCAGCACUGCAGGAGUUGUCAGAAAAUGGAACUGAUAAAGCUAAGAGAAAAGCUGGAAGCAUAUUGGAACUCUUGCAGCGAAUGGAAGGGGUUGAUAAUCUGCAGAGUUCAUAG